AAAUGCCAUUCGAAAAGGUUGUGUCAUUUUUAACACCUGUGCCCAUUGUUUGACGGCAAUAUUUUACCUAGUAGUUUAUUGGAUAAAUAAAAAACGGACUUCGAACUUCAUAUGGACUAUUUUAUUUAUGUUAAAGAAAUACAAAAUUUUUGGAUAAGAAUCUUAUUAAAGAAAAACGAUAAAACGAACAAUUACAAACAAAACAAGUUUGGAAGAUUUGACGUAUCUUAAGAGAAGCUCCUUUGUAAUGAGAGAAUAAAUGUGUGGGCUGUACUAAAGGGAGGCAACAAAACAAUCGUAAACUAUUUCAACUAAAUAAAAUCAAACUCAUACUUCAUAAAUAUCAUAUCCCUUCUUACUUAUCAGCCGGUCAAUACAUUUCAACACCUUACUAUGUUGGGAGGACUGCGUGAUUUUGUUGUAAGACAUCGUAGAAAAUUCAUUGUAACUGGCGUUUUAGUCGGUGGCUCAUAUAUAGCAAUCAAAUAUGCGCAACGUAAGCUGAUAGAAUUCCAGACACGCCAAGCCCGUGAUUUUUUGGAAAAAUCAAGGCGUAUGCAACAUUUCGAAACGACGGAAAGCACAUGCAAUAAAGUAAUCCUUGGUAUGGGGACUGAAUUGUAUGCUGCUAUAUUACGUGAAUGCAAUUCGGAUGCAUUACUAGAACAAUUGCGACAAAACCCAUCGAAUAAAGUCGACUUGUGGGAGGAAAUGAAGAUUGUCGCUUUUACACGUCUCACGACCUUUGUUUAUGCCUCGACAAUGCUAGUAAUUGCUUUACGUGCGCAAAUAAAUUUACUUGGCGGUUAUUUGUAUCAAGAUGUGACGCUGGAAAAAAAAGAGAUCUCAGAAGAUCUGAAACAACGAUAUCUCUCACUUAUAGGUAACUUUAUACAUGAAGGUGGAUUGAGUGAACUAAUACAAUUGAUACGUUCAAAAGUGAUUGCUAUGAUGAAAACUGUGCCGUUGACAAAGCCUUUUAACCUCGCAGAUAUAGAACAACUCUUCUGGUCACUACAAAUUUCAAUCAGUAGUGAAAAAGAUGAUCCCAUUAAAAAUAUGGUCAGGUUUUUGUUGCCUAUGGAAGUGCCAGAAUACAAUAGAUUAUUAGAUAUAAUGUUUAGUGAUACACUGGACGUACUCGAUAAUGUUGAAGCUAUAACUGUAUGCGCAAAUAAUGUCAGCAGAGGCUUUUCGUUGGCAGUAGAUGCAAUUGCCGAAGGUAUUUUUCAGUCACAACAUGAGACUAAUGCAGAAAUCAACAAAAAAGGCAUGAACAAAAGUGGCGAUGGUGAUGCUUCUGCAGCAGCUGUGAAUAGUAUGCUCAAACUAAAUAAAGUCGAAAUACCUUUAGCUAAGCUUAUACCGAUUAUAAGUGGUCUAACAUCGAAAGGAUUCGAUGAAAAGUCACGACCACAAAAUUUAGCCACUUCUUUGCUUACAUUCUAUAUGAUUGAGGAGAAGACUAAAGUAUUCGGAGCAAAUAUAUAUGAAGUGUUUAGCUCCAAAUAAAUGUAAAUCAUAUUGUAUUAUAUACAUAAAUAUAGUAGAUAUAAAAAAAUGGUGUUCUAAUGUAAGGGUCUCUGGCACCAAGUAAUGCUUUCAGUUUUCCUUCGCAAAUUCCAUAAAGUACCAUCUUUUUAACUUUUGAAAAUAAACAGUAGGUCAAAAAUAAAGAAAAGAAAUGCUAAAGCCUAUAAAAUUAAGAGGGAAAAUAAUUAAUUUCAAAUUUUGUGUUAUAAAUUAAUUUUGUUGUAAACAAAUAACAUUGAGGUGCAUAAUGUAAAACGACAUUUGUGAAAUUAUGUCCUUUUUAUACAUAUGUAAAGAAAAAAAUAACAGUUCAUUCCAAAAUAGCGUGCGUAACCAACUAGUGUACUCUUCACAUCAAUAUAUUUAUUUGUAUUAUUAUCUUUAUAUUAUAAAUCGAAAUUAUUAUUUAUAGCUAUUCCAAAAAAAAUAUAAAACGUGUUUUAAUGACUGGAGAUUAAUGUUUAUAUUAAAUGUAAAAAAUAGUCUUA